GGUCUUGCUUCUCGUCCUCUGCCUCGGAAAACCUCCUCUGCCUCUCCCUCGGUAUUGUGAGCGGCCAGCAUUCUGCGUGGCUUGCACUGUGGCUGUGAGUCCGUUGAGGAAGGCAUUACUGAGACUCUAUGACGUUGCGGAGAGGAAAGAAGCUCAGCAUCUCCAUCCAGGAACACAUGGCCAUCGACGUUUGCCCCGGCCCCAUCAGACCCAUCCGUCAGAUCUCCGCCUACUUUCCCCGCCUGUCCCCCACCUCCCCCGGCCCCCUGUCCCAGAACCCCCCCACCUCCCCCCUGACCCUCAGCCCUGGCUCUGUGGCCUCGGGGAUGGGCGGGACCCACCUGCUAUCCCCCCUGCUGGCCCAUGGCCGGCCUGGGGGGGGCUGCUCUCUGUCGCUGACCAGCAGCGUGGACACGUCGGUGGAGAUAAACAGCGACGACAGCGACGACUGCACCGCUCUGGGAACACUGGAGUUUGAGCUGAGGUACGAGCAGAGGUCCAGUGAGCUGCACUGCAGGCUGCUGCGCGCCAAGGGUCUGAAGCCGAUGGAUUUCAACGGUCUGUCCGACCCGUACGUCAAACUGCACCUGCUGCCCGGAGCCUGCAAGGCCAAUAAGCUGAAGACGAGGACGAUCCGUAACUCUCUGAAUCCGGUCUGGAAUGAAACGCUCACUUACUCCGGGAUCACAGAAGAAGACAUGCACAGGAAGACGCUCAGGUUGACAGUGUGUGACGAGGAUAAGUUGACUCAUAAUGAGUUGAUCGGAGAGUCCCGGGUGCCUCUGAAACGUGUGAAACCCGACCAGACGAAACAUUUCCACACCUGCCUGGAGCACCCGCCUCCGCUCCCCUCUCCGACCACCAUGGGUGAAGCCCUUCGAGGAAUAUCCUGCUACUUAAGAGAGUGGGAGAGCGAGCAGCUGCACAGCCUGGAGGAGCGAGGCCGUCUUCUUCUCUCUCUGCAGUUCGUGCCUCCGCUCAGUUCGGACGAGCCAGAUGUGGACGGAGGUGAAGGUGAGGGGCGUCGCAGCGGAGGUCUCUGUGUGGGCGUGAGGCGCUGCGCCCACCUGGCAGCCAUGGAUGUGAACGGGUUCUCUGACCCCUACGUCAAAAUAUACCUGAAGCCCGACAUACAGAAGAAAUCCAAACACAAAACAGCUGUGAUGAAAAAAACCCUCAACCCUGAAUUCAACGAGGAGUUUUUCUACGAGAUCUCGCUGUCGGAGCUCUCCAACAAGUCGCUGGAGGUGACGGUGUGGGACUACGACCUGGGACGCUCCAACGACUUCAUAGGUGGGGUGUGUCUGAGCGGACACUCGCAGGGUGACGGCCUCCGUCACUGGACCGACUGCCUGAAGAGCCCGGGCCGGAGGGUGGAGCGCUGGCACAUCCUGAGCAACGAGCUGCCCCGCACCCUCAGCCACGACUAACAUGGGGGGGGCUCUGCAGCAGCUUCACCACGGAAGCCGCUGGCAAUGAGAGGAAGUGAUGGUGUGCCUUCAUUAGUGAGAAGAAGCUCACAGGGGUCAGACACUGACGCACACAUUCAGAGAAACCACAGCUGCAGAAAUUCAAAUGCAUGUUUUGUUUAAGAAAAAGCUUUGAUUGAACUUUACAUUACAUUUAAUUGAGCCGACUUUUUUUUUCCAAAGCGACUUCAUAUAAAUGCAACCAAACAUGAAGAUAAACCUAGAACAGCAAGAAUCCUGCAACAUUAGCUUCAAAUGAGCCAAACCGUUUUAACAAGUACACUUCUUUUAUUAUAGUCCUUAUGUUCAUGGUGCAUUCAGGCUAUAGAGUAAUGCAGUGAUGAUGUAUGGGUGUACUGUAGACUGACCCGAAAGUUGGCAUUGCAAAGGGUUCCCUAGACAUAGAGCAAUGAGAUUUUCCCAUCGGAUAUUGGUAUAUUGCUGAAAAUAAGUUCUGGGGCAAACACACAUUCAUGAUACUUAACACGUUUGUUUAGCAUGGACAUUUCCACAUUACGGUCGCCAUGCGGCGCAUCACUAAUGCUAAGCUGAAGCCGGUCUCAUUACUGCUUGAGUAGGCUGAUUGCUGAUGUAUUUUAUGUCGUAGAACAAAUCAUGAAAAACUCUUGUUUUAACCACAGACCUUAUUUCAGGCAUAUAACCACAAACACGUUAAAAUAACCGUUUACUCCGAGACAAGGGAACCAGUGGUAAAAUGAUAUGUCUUCUCUGGGUUUGAGGACUCUUUUCUGCACCAUUCUAUAGCACCCAGAGCUUAUCAAAUCUGGUCAUUCAUUCUGCAAGUAAUCUGCCAAGUAACUGGGAACAACAGUUAUUAAAUACAAGUGGUGGAGUAUAAAGUAGCAGACAAUUUAGAAUGUGUACUUAAGUACAGUACUUCUGUACAUUUCCACCAGUUAAAAGAAGCAAUAGGCUACUAUGUAAAAAUACUCUGUUAAAAGUUAACAUCCUACAUUCAUAAUCUUACUAAAGUAAAAGUACUUGACUUAAAAAAAUACUAAAGCACAACCAUGUUUUUAGAAGAACAUUAAUUAUAUUGUUGAUUGUAACUAUUGAUGCAUUAGUGUUCAUAACUUUAAAGCUUCCCGAUGUAAAAGGAGUAGCUUUAUUUCAUUCUUUUUACUAUGUAUACUGCUGUAUUGGCAUUUAAAAUACACUUAAAGUACAAAAAGUAAUAGUACUAAUGUGUAAUGGCCCAUUUCAGAAUCAUACAUGUUAAAUUACUGGAUUAUAAUUGUUGAUGCAAUAAUGUGUGUUCUCUGUAUCACAGCUGACAUUCUUUAUAGCAAAUUUGAAUUACUUUACAAACUGCUGCUGGAUAAUUUAUCUUAAUUAUAUUUUAAUGUUUAUUUACUAGUUUAUUAAAUGUUUUUAUUUGCUAAUAAUCUGAAUAUGUAAAGCAACUAAAGCUGUCAGUAUACAUAUAGUGGAGAAAAAUAUAUAAUAAUGGCUUCCAAAAGGAAGAAGAGUAGAAGUAUAAAGGAGCAUAAACAUACAAAUACUCAGGUAAAGUACCUCAAAAUUGUACUUAAUUACAAUACUUGUGUAAAUGUACUUUGGUACGUUCCACCACUUCCAAUAUACUUUUUUUCUCUAUUCAAAUAGAUAUAUUUGAUAAAUAUUUUGUCAUGGCCCAAUAUCUAUUCAAAUAAUUAUAUUGUUCUUCCGGUUAUCACAAGCAGGAUUGUAAACAAUACAUUUUAUUUGGCAUUAUUUAUAGCUACACUGCAGUGAAGGAAUGGUUUUAUGGUAUCACAUCCAUCCUCUGUCAUUUGUCAUUUUGUCACAUUAUGAAAAUGGCCCAAAAUCUUAUAUGAGGAAAUGUUUUAGGACUCUUUGGUGUCUUUGGGUGUAGAUGGCUCAUCUACUAGAAGCCAGGAUAAAUACCCAAGCAUAUCGGUAUACACAAGUUAACCUAUAGAGCAAAUUCAAUUAACCAGUGUGCUAUUUAGCUAGCGAACGUCAGCUAUCUAGCGAACGUAUGAGCAUUAGCUGUCAUCUAUCUAUCUAUUUAUCCAUUUAUCUAUCCAGCGAACGUGAGCAAAUACUGAACAAGCAAGCUAAAGUUAGCUAUUUACUUUACAAGCUAGCUAACGUUCGCUAUCUAACCAGUUAGCUAGCCUACAGGAACUACCCAUCGAACAAGCAAGCUAGCUAGUGAAUCUACUGUAAGCUACAGUAUCUUGCUAACUAUGCCAAAUUGGUGACUCUCAUAAAUGAAAUAAGAGUUAUUAUUUAACACCCUAUGAUAGAAUAGCAGUGCAGACCUGUGUAUACCGUUUAGGUGUUAAAUUCAUUAUAGAAACAUUGUUCUCAUGCGCUUUUUGAAGCAGACCGGGAUGUUGGAAAAAGCUGAUAUUUUAAUAUAAAUAACUUACUGUAACCUCACAAGAAAUCAGUCAAUUCUUGAAAUUGAAUGUUCAUCGAGCCCCGCCUACUUCAUUUUCAAUAAUAAUAACAUAGGUAGAUUUACAAUUAAAACAUUGAUUAAUAUUUCAAACAACUUUAGAUAGAAGUAGAAGUAGCCAGCGACCUUCAAUGUUCCCGCCACAAGUGACAACUGACACAUAUAUACAGCUGUCCUUAGCACGCUAAGCAAGCUAAUGCUAGCUCCAUGAAAAUGUUUUCCAACUGACUCCUUUUUUAAAUUGAACACUGUGAAAUAAAUAUAUGAUCUGUAUAAUGAGUACUUUUACUAAGUAUAUGUUGAUGCUGCUACAUGUGUACUUUUAAGUAAGAUGGUGAAUGCAGGAUUUUACUAAUAACGUGUAUUUCCUCACCUAAGUAGUACUAUGUUUACUUAAGUACACCAGGGCCCAAUAGACUAACAUUACAAGUAAGAUAUGUUUUAUAAAGCAUUAAACAUCAAUAUAUUUUAACAUCAAUGCACAUGAUGUAAAAAGCUCAUUUUACGUUAACUUCAGUAAAAUAUUUAAAAGAGUUAUUUGUUCACCAAUGCAAAUGAUAUUGAAAAAGUAAUACGUAAAUAUGCUUUUUUUUUUAACACCAAUGCACAUUGCAUGGGGAAAGUAAUAUUAAGUUCUAUUGCAUGUUAUGUUAAAAAGUGUAUGAGUAAAACAAUUUUUAUCAAUUCACAUUUUUAUUAUAUUUGCCAAGUUACCUUUGCUAAACAUGAUUUUAUGAUAGCUGUUUUGAGGCAGGGGCAUAGCCAACAUAAACAUAUUUCUCAUCUGCAGCAUCCAUUUAAACCUGUGCAGGUGUCAUGUUGCUCAUUUGGGUCUACACCUGAUAUAUAAUCUGAGUUUCCUUCAUAUUCCUCCUCUAAAGAGUGAAAACAGACGUUGUGCAUCAUUUUGUUGUCAUGAUGCUGAUGAUUUAUGAAUAAAGUGGUUCUUCCUUGGUGUUGCAUGAUGAUAUAUGUUGAUAUUUAUAUCUCUAUACUCAUGCUGCCUGUUUUCCAAAUGUUGAAACAUGAUGAGGCAUUCAGGUACAUGUUGGGAUUCUUCUGUUUACAGUGUUCUUCUUCUUUUAUGCACGACUGUAUGAAUGUACGAGUGUGGCUUUCUAUACGAUAUCUAUAUGAAUAUACAUAUCGUAGAACUGUUGUUUACAAUGAUCUUGUGCUUUACAGUUGUUCUUACAUUUCUAUCAGGUGUUUUAUGUACGAUCAAUAAAAGACAUUUGGAAUGCA